UGCUCGAGGAAACUGAAUUCACCGGAAGUGUAGUCUGUGGGAUCCACAGGAGAAGCUUGUUUGCCAUCCGCCAUUAAAAGUCAAAGAAGGAGAGAAGAAAACAAGAAGAAGACGAAGCAGAAUGUGAUGUUUUAUCUCCGAUCGUAACAGAAGAGGGUGAAACCAGAUGAAGCUCCUCAAGACUCUCAUACCCUUUUCUAACCAGCAGUCCAUCACUGAAUUGAACGAUUGUGUUCAAAAUGGAACCUCUAGUCAUAUGGAAGAGAAGGCGAGAUCAGAAGAGGCACCGUCUCCAGCACUCUCACACCUGUCUGUAAAAAGUGAUCAGUCAAUGGAUCGGCCAAUUGCAUUCAACAAUGAAACCCCUAGUUACGUUAAUGUCAGACCAGAUGAGGCACCAUCUCCUGCAACCUCAUACUUCUCUUUAAAAAGUAACCAAUCAAUGGAUCGACCGAUUGCGUUCAAAGACCAAACACAGCCUUACAGUGUUAAACGUCUGAGACCAGAUGAAGCGCCAUCUCCAGCACUCUCACACCUGUCUGUAAAAAGUGAUCAGUCAAUGGAUCGGCCAAUUGCAUUCAACAAUGAACCCCCUAGUUACAUUAGUGUCAGACCAGAUGAGGCACCAUCUCCUGCAACCUCAUACUUCUCUUUAAAAAGCAACCAAUCAAUGGAUCGACCGAUUGCUUUCAAAGAUAGAACACAGCCUUACAGUGUUAAAUGUCUUAGACCAAAUGAAACACCAUCUCCAGCACCCUCACCACUGUCUGUGAAAAGCGAUCGGCCAAUUGCGUUCAUCAAAGGAAUCCCGAGUUACAAUGGUCCAGAUGAGUCGCCAUCUCCAGCACCGUCACUCCUGUCUGUAAAAAGUGAGCAGUCAAUGGACAGACCGAUCGGAUUCAGGGAUGAAACACAGAGUUACAGGCUUAGAAGCACACUUUCAGCCAGUCUGCUGACAGAGGAUCAUUGCAAGUGUCCAUUGUGCACAGAAGUCUUCAAGGAUCCAGUUUCCUUCCCCUGUGGACACAGUUACUGCAAACACUGCAUUGAGAUCUUCUGGAGCAAACCAACUCAAGCUGGAGCUUACGCUUGUCCUCAGUGCAGAAAGAGGUUCAGAGGUCAUCCUGUUUUGAAUAUAAAUGUUGCUUUGUCUAAAGUGACUGAGGAACUCCAGAAGGCAGGGUUUAGUCCUGCUAUUCCUGCUCACUGCUACGCUGGACCUGAAGAUGUGGCCUGUGAUAUCUGCACUGAGAUGAAGCUCAAAGCUGUUAAAAACUGUUUGACCUGCACUGCUUCUUACUGUGAGACACACAUCAGACAACACUACACAGUACCAGCACUGCAGAGACACAACCUGGUGGAGGCAACUGUUUUAAUACAAGACAGUAAGGACACAGAAGAGAUCAAAGAGCUUGAUGUUGCAUUCAUUGAUGAGAUUUCAAGGGAUGCACAAAUGGAAUAUUCUCAUCCAACUAAGUGCUUCUACAGUGGAUUUUCCAGUAAUGAUUUACCUAUGGAUGUAACUGAGGUUUCAGCUCUUGGUCGUCCUUUGGAUCUAGGAAUGUUGUAUGACCAGCGCAAUGAAUCUUUAAUUUCAGACAGUAAUCUUUGGGAUAACCACACUUUAACAAGUGACAGAAUAUCUUGGCCCCAACUGAAAACACAUGUAAAGGUUUUGGAAGACGACUCCCUUCAGGAGAGAUGCAGAGCCUUUGAAAUGUCACCAAUGUUGCGAGUUAGUGCUCUGUGUGGACUGAUGGAGCUAAAUGGAGCUGCAGCUUUUCUGAAUCACCCAGUUCAGUCUCAACAUCAGGACAGAGUUACACUACACUACAAAACCACCACCAGACUGGACAUGAUCAGCCAAAGACUCUUACAGGAAGGAGUUUCUGGCUCAGUCAUUAAUGCAACCACAGCUACACAUGUGAUCAUCGCUGUGUUCUACGGAGCCCAAGCCUUCUUUGUUUUUGAUAAUGAGAGAAUCAGCUCAGAGAAAAAUACAGAAAUGGAAAAUGUUAUCAAGAAGAUCACCACCGACCUUAGUGCAAGGGAUGUGUUUUCAAGUCUUAAUGAAACUGAAAAGGAUAACAGCAUUUUUUAUGCCUGCAGUUUCUACAGUGAUGUGGCCAAUUGGAAAAAUUCAUUAUCUUUUGAAAAGGCAUUGGAGAUCUAUGAAUCUCUGCCAGCGCUGCUUGGAUCUAAAGAUGAGAGAGCAGUUCCUCUGAAGGUCUGGCUGUAUCCUCUCAAGAAACUAAACAAGAGCUCUGUCUGUGCUGCUCCGAGCGAACACUUGCUGCAAAGAGCUGAGAACAUUAUAGAACAUCUGAGAAAACAAAUCAGGGUGUGCAAGGACAUAGUGACAAACUACAAUAAUCUUAGUGUGAUCAUAUGGUUCCCUGCUUUAAAAGAAAUAUUUCCAAGGUAUUCAGAAUUUCUGCAGGAGUACAGAACAGAGUUUCAAAGAAAGACUGCUAAGAUUAUUGAGUCCAAACACAUCAAUGAAGACGAGAGAGAGAAGAGUUUACAAGAACUUGUCAGUAUCUCUGAUCGGUCUCCAUUCAAUCCAGAAAACACACAUCAUUGGUUUGAGAAGAAGGAAACGGAGCUGGGAGUUUUAAAAAGGUGCAGAGCAGCAAGCAUAACUAUUGUGAAAUCACAGGAAGAGCUUCAGAAAAUCAUUAAUGAUCCUCUGAUGAGCAGUGUGUUCUGCUUCACUAUUUCAUCAAUAAAGGCAGAUGACUCUUUUUUCACAGCUCUGAGGCAGUACAUUGAAUUCAUGAAAAAGGGCACAUUGAAUCCAUCUGAUUUUAUCGAGUCAGAAGAUUUACAGCAGUCAUUUAAGCCUGUUUAUAUCACUCAAAAAGUACUUUCUGAUUUAGAAGUAUUCAUUGCUGCCAAAGAGACAAAUGAAGAUGGAAAGCGAACCAAGUUCAUUGCUGCAUCUGUAUAUGAUGAUGGUUAUUCUGAAUACACUGUGCAGUAUUAUCAUGCCGGGAGGAUUGUGAGCAGAAAUCUGAAACUUCAAACUAAGCCAGAUCUCCUCCAAAUAUCUCACAUCAACUACACCAGUGUGUCCCUGAAACUGAGUCAACCACAAACUAAAAGCAUUGAGAAAUAUGUGGUGGAGUACAGGGCUUUGGAUGAUGAUGAUGAAAUGAACAGUACCACAUGGAAACAUAUCAUUUUUGAUGUGACCACUCUCAAGAAAACCUUUUUUAUCUCAGGGUUAAAGUCUGACCACCACUAUCAGUUGAGGUAUUCAGUUAUUGAGCAGGACUGUAUGAGCAAUUUCAGUAAAAUGAUUAACUUUCAGACAGCGGCUGCAGCAACACCUGGACAACCCAUUGUGGAAAAGCUGAACCGAGACACUCUCAGAAUUUUCUGGUUGAAGGGUAAAACUGGAGAAGAUUCUCCAGUGCUACGGUAUAUGGUUGAGUAUAAAAAAGCAGGACUGGAGGGCUGGUCUUCAGUACAAACACAAGGACCUGAAUGUGAAUAUAUUUUAACUGUACCUCACAGCACAAUCUAUAGAGUCAGAGUCUCUGCUGUCUAUGGAGAAGGAGACAUCAGCAAACCCAGUGAGGAGACACCAGUACCAGUGGAUGUUUUAACCAUAGACUGUAUAAAAACAUAGACAUAGUGUCCGUGAUGUCACCCAUUGGUUUCCGAAGAGCGUUUUUGAAGCCAAAAGUGGAUGGAGGCGACCUAACCAUCUUGGCAGAACGCCACUACUGGAUAAUCAAAAAUGGUUGCUGAAGCCACGCCCA